GACGGCAAGGUACACCGACAUCACUCCGUCCUGUCCUGCACAACCAGAGGCCAGAUAUGGACAAAGAUUACGUCGGCUUUGCUACCCUGCCCAGCCAAGUCCACAGGAAAUCCGUGAAGAAGGGCUUUGACUUCACUCUGAUGGUCGCAGGAGAGUCCGGCCUGGGAAAAUCCACCCUCAUCAACAGCCUUUUCUUGACAAAUCUGUAUAAAGAUCGGACACUUCCGGAUGCCGAAGCCAGGAUCCCUCAGACGCUGGAAAUUGUCAAACAUGCCGUAGAUAUUGAAGAAAAGGGGGUGAAAGUGAAAUUGACAGUGAUCGACACUCCGGGACUUGGAGAUGCAGUGAACAAUGAGGAAUGCUGGAAGCCAAUUGCCCAGUACAUCGAUUGCCAGUUCGAGCAGUACUUCCGGGACGAGAGCGGCCUCGACCGCAAGAAUAUUCAAGAUGGCCGCGUUCACUGCUGCCUCUACGUCCUCUCACCUUUUGGACACGGGCUCCGUCCCCUGGAUGUAGCAUUUCUGCGUGCCAUCCAUGACAAGGUCAACAUCGUGCCUGUAAUUGGAAAGGCCGAUUGCUUGACUCUCACAGAGGUACAGCAGAAGAAAAAGAAGAUCCGGCAAGAGUUAGAAGAAAACGGGAUCACCAUUUAUGAGUUUCCUGAGUGUGACUCAGAUGAAGAUGAAGAAUUCAAAGCUCAAGAUGCUGAGAUGAAGUGUAGCAUCCCCUUUGCGGUCAUUGGAUCCAGCCAGGUGGUUAGAGAGCUGAAGGAUAAAGUGUUCCGAGGAAGGCAAUAUCCCUGGGGGACAGUGGAAGUGGAGAAUUCUGCUCACUGCGACUUUCUCAAACUUCGGAACAUGCUGAUUCAAACCCAUAUGCAGGACUUAAAGGACGUAACCCAUGAAGUCCAUUACGAAAACUACCGUGCACAGUGCAUCCAAAGCCUGACCAGACCUGGGGCUCGGGAUCGCAGCAGCCGCGCGAAGCUGUCUCGUCAAAGUGCUACUGAGCUGCCGCUUCUGCCUCUGACGGCUGAGACAGAGAAAUUGAUCCGUGAGAAAGAUGAGGAGCUCCGCCGAAUGCAGGAAAUGUUACAGAGGAUGAAGGAACAGAUGCUGCAGAGUCAACUGGAGCAAUCAGACAGUCUCUGAAUGGUACCAGAGAUACUUCCCGCCUUUCCCCUUUGCAUCCUGGAAGAGAGAGAGAGUCCAGCCUCCUCCUACAAUGGCAAGUGGCUGAAGAAGCCCUUCAGCUCCGGAGACUGCAGUGUCACGGUUGAUGGUUUUUGGGGGGGGAAUAGGGGACUCCUUAGGCCAGUGAUGGCGAACCUUUUAGAG